AUGGACUAUAAUAGGAUGAAUUCCUUCUUAGAGUACCCACUUUGUAAUCGGGGACCCAGCGCCUACAGCUCCCCAACCUCCUUUUCCCCCAGUUCAGCUCCAGCGGUUGACAGCUACGCUGGGGAGAGCCGCUAUGGUGGAGGGCUGCCCAGCCCAGCGCUCCAACAAGACUCGGGGUAUCCUGUCCAGCAGCCGCCUUCAUCCCUGGGGGUGUCCUUUCCCAGCUCCGCUCCCUCGGGGUACGCCCCAGCGGCCUGCAACUCCAGCUAUGGGCCUUCUCAGUAUUAUCCUGUGGGUCAGUCGGAAGGAGAUGGAAGCUAUUUUCAUCCAUCGAGCUACGGAGCCCAGCUAGGGGCUUUGCCAGACAGCUACGGAGCGGGUGGAGUCGGUCCAGGGCCAUAUCCUCCGCCGCAGCCCCCUUACGGAACUGAACAGACGGCAAACUUUGCACCAGCCUACGACCUCCUCUCUGAGGACAAGGAAUCAUCAUGCUCUUCAGAACCCAGCAAUCUCACCCCCCGGACCUUCGACUGGAUGAAGGUCAAGAGAAACCCACCUAAGACAGCGAAGGUGUCGGAGCUAGGACUGGGCGCUCCCGGCGGCCUCCGCACAAACUUCACCACGCGCCAGCUGACCGAGCUGGAGAAGGAAUUUCAUUUCAACAAAUACCUGAGCCGUGCGCGGAGGGUGGAGAUCGCCGCCACCCUGGAGCUCAAUGAAACGCAGGUGAAGAUCUGGUUCCAGAACCGGCGCAUGAAGCAGAAGAAGCGAGAGCGAGAGGGGGGCAGGGUGCCUACAGCACCUUUAGGCUGCCCCAAGGAAGCGACUGGAGAUGUCUCCGACCAGUCCACGUGCACCUCCCCGGAAGCCUCGCCCAGCUCCAUCACCUCCUGAAUUGAACUAUCUGGCUUCCACAGCUGGACCCAGUCCUCUGGUAGACUCUCCCAAACUUCACAGCCCUGGUGAUCCUCCUCAGGGCGGAGGAACCAGUUUAGAGCCGCCUAGGAAACUGGGCAGGAGUGGGGAAACAUUUUUUUUUCUCAGAUCUGGGGGUGGAGGGAUGACUGACAGCUGGGGAUCCUACAAGUCUUGGGACCUGGGGAGUACCCAACCAUUAAAGUGGUGGAGGGAAGGUCUUUUGGCUUUGAUCUAGAUAUUGGCUCAAUGUCAACACCCCAGUGGGGGUAGGAGCCAGCCCAUCCUGGUUUCUCCUUUCCCUUCCCACUCAGUUCAGUGCCUUUGAGCUUGGAGAAUUCUCUUUGAGCACGCUUACCCCAACUUCCCUUCCUAGGCCUGGAUAGAGAGAAUCCUCGGGAUGUUCCUGCGAAGGAUGUGUCUGAGCACAGGCAUAUUACCAACAAUCUUUAAUUUUAAUCCUUAAUCCAGCCAAUUUACCGCAGACCUCACAAUAGCACCGACUGCCUUGUGAUAUACCAAAAAACCCCACCCCAAGCAAUCCCACAAGCCCUAGCCUGGCACAUUUCUAUUGCACUAAAGUGGCCUUCAGAGGCUGUUUUGUGAGACUGGCCUCUUCCCAUUGGCAGCUCCAUCACUGAAUCACCAAAGUGUUUUGGAACUUGGCCCUACAGAGAUUUCUGGAGCAUCAUCCCAAGGACUGACUAAGAAAGGGUGGACACUAUCCCCUCCUCUCCCCUAUUUAUUGCCUCUGGAACCCUCCCAUUUUCUUUCCCAUAAGCCUCCCUAUCCCUAGGGCAGUCUGGGCAGGUCUAGGAAUGGUGACUGAGUUUCCAGCAGAUUUGAGCAUUUCUCUGAACCUUGGAGACAGCAGAAAAGCCUUUGGAGUUUCUGGAAAACUAAGCCCCAAGCAAGCCAGGUUC